UGAUGAGGUGCCUGGCUUGGGAACAGCGGUGUUUGGUCCUGCUGGGGUCAGCCCUGAGACCCAGAAGAGACCACUCCAGUGGACUCAUGGGGAGGGAGUAUGCGGCAGUCCUUUGCCCCCUUCCCCUCCCUGAUUUCCCUUGCUCGCAUUACUUCCUGUCUUAGGUUUUUUGGGGCCCUGGCAUAAGAAGGUCUUGGGAGUCCCAGUGGCUUUUGUCAUGAUACCCUUUGGCGAAUGAUGCUGGCCUAUGGGAGCAGCAAGCUCUGCAGUCCUACCCUGAUAAACUCCAGUCCCAAACUCCAAGUUCAGCCCCUCCCAGCCUCAGACGUCUUGGUGGCAGUAUUUACAGGAAAGGAACAUGAUUUAUCUCCACUCUUGCCUGGACCAGAAGGGCCUGUGGCUGUACAGAUGGGGGCAGAGCCUGAGCUUCCUCACCUUGAAAAUGGGUGAGGAUGAAGUGAGAAAACAGACAUAGAACACCUUGGAACCUGUAUGUUUUACUCAAGUAUGUGAUUACUAUUUGUGACUGGUGUGUUUACCUCAACCGUGGGGUUUCUCUGUUUCAGACAGGAAUGGGGCCAGGCUCUUUCUCCAAAGAGACUCAGUUUCACAAGCAGUUUAUGUGUGAGGAGUACACAUGUUGGGUCUUGGAGUAGAAACAGAGACAUCUCAGGCCGUGAAGAAGGGUGGGGCAAGCUGAUUCCCUGCUGUAGUGAGCUGGGGAGGACUGAGGAGACCUGGGCCUGGCCUGCCCCAAAUGGGGACACUGUUGCUGCCUAUCAGGCCUGGCCAAAUGAGCUCCCUCACUGCACUGUCCUACAAGCCUCCUCCUGAGAUCUAUGUGCCCAGCAGAAAUAGCACCAGGUUUAGAAUCAAGCAGGCAGAAUUUGGUCUACUCACUAAGUAUGUAACUUAGAGCAAAUACCUCUAUUUUUCUGAGCCUCAGUUUCUUCACUCAUAAAAUGGGGGAGAAUUACAGCACCAUUCCUGGAGGUCAUCAGGAUCAGAAGUGACAGCAUAGUGAAAAGGGCUUUGUGAGCUAUUUAGUGUUGUACAUAUUCAUUUUAUCUUUCAUGUCUUCCCCUGUUGGAGGUAGGCCUGCUGUUCUGGUUGGGCCUAUCAGAACCAGGACCUUGGGGCACCUUAGCUGCAGCCCUAUGUUUCUGAGCAAGAGAGAUUGGACUGGAGGGCAAGGGCCUUCCUGACUCUGCUUCUCUCUCGAGCCAACACUUAGUCUGUGACAAGGGCUCAUCUCUCAGAUGGGGGGAAGGUCCCAUACCCCUGCACCCUGGACCAUGGGGGUGCCAGGAGGGUCAAAAUAUGGAUGGGAGGGAUAUCUCUGCUAUAGGGCAAGGAAUGUAGUCAGAGAGGGAGUGGAAGCUAUGGCUAUGUCAGUUCACCCACUUUGCUAUUGAGCUCUCCCAAUACCCUCUAUCUCCAGCACCUUUGUCUUUACCUCCUGUGUCUCUUCCUUCUACCUUCUGUCUCCCUUAGUCCAGCCAGUGAAACAGAGUUGAGGGAGGGUGCAGUUCUGGGAUGAGGUCGAGGGUAACAGAAGCUGUAAGGUCCUGGGAGCCUCUUUUGGGACUCUUUGACCUUGGGAACCCCUUGCCCCUUUCUCCUGGGCCCCAGGUAAGUGCACCAGUUUCUUCCUGGACCACGACCAGAGCCACACACAGAUAAAUGAGUUUUCCUGGAAGGAUGUUACCAAUGCCUUGUCCCUGGCCAACAUGGUCCUGGGGCUCUUCUCCAUCUUCUGCAGUUUCAGCAGGAAAUCCCACUGUGCCUCCUGGAUGCUUCUGGUCAGCUUCCUAUUAGAUACUGCGGUCCAGACAAUGACCAAGCACCUCAACAUCUGCCACAAAUCAGGAACUGAGCUGAACGACUUUGCUGUCUUCACCACCUUUGGCCUGGCUUCAGCCCUGCUCCUGGGCGUGGAUGGGCCUUUGAAUGGCUUCCUGGCCAUCAUCUAUGUGGCAGCUGCAUCUUUCCGCCUCUGUUUUUAUUCAACUGGAGUCCCCUUCACAUACAAGGGCCUACCCUGCUCCUAUGCUUCCUGCGUGUUGGCUUCCACUUCCCUCCUGACCAAAGGCAACACAUUCAUUCUCUGUUGUAUGGCCUCGCUCAUGAUUCUAUUCAUGAUGGACCAGAGUUACUACCCACACGACGAGAUCCUUGAGUCUGAGAACUGGAAAAAAGUCAUUUAUAUGGGCGGUGUCGUCAUGCUGUUUUUCUCCCCCUUCUCUUUAAUUGCUUUUUACUGCCUGAUGUGGUCGCUGUCCUACAUCUUCUUUCCAGAUGCUCUGUGGGGCAAAGCGGCCUGUCUUAGGCUACAGCACUGA